AUGCUUUCAAACCACACGCCCCGCCUGCCAGAAACAUACACAAGCUCAAAGACGUUCAAACCGAUCUUCUUCACUGAUCCCAAUGACGAUUCAACUGCCGACCAACAAGUGCCCGAAUUUAACGCUGGCACUGAAAACCCGUUCCUGACAAGAACUGAGCGGCCAGUGAAACCGGCCGUGGUGUCGCCGUCGCCAUUUAACAGCCCAUCCAGCGUGAUGGACCUGAGCAGCUCAGAAAAGUUCCUGGGCACCGACAAAUUGCACGAACUCAACGGCUCAACAACUUCAACAACAAUGACUUUCUCCCCUCAAACAAAAAGCUCAUACAUCACACCAACAAGAAAGUACUACCGAACAUUCGUGGUUCUCUCGUUGCUCUCAAUGCUCAUGUUCUUGCCGCCUGUCCUUAUAGGCGGGGUUUCCAUGUCCUGUGGAGCCCGGACCGGAUACUGUAUCCCUAAAAUAGAGUUCCGCUUCAUUGAUGAUUCACCAACAAGUCCUCUCACCACUAUCAGAGAAAGCAUUAGAGUGAUCACGUAUUUCGCAAUGGACCUGGGCUCAAACUCCCCCGCUGUGGACUUUUCUGAGCAGGACAUCAAGGAAAUCGACACCUUCUCCGUCGAUAACGUGUUCCAGCUCAACUAUUUCGGAUACUGCAAAACCAAUUAUCUUUCUGACGAACAAACAUGCUCUAAUUUCCAAACGGGUCUUGAUCUGCCGUCCGUUCUGGUCAGAGACGCAGGAACCAGUCUUGGCACAAUCUCAAACCAAAGAAACCCAGAUGACGUGGGUAACUCUUUGGUGACUGGCUUCCAUGUGAUCUUGGACAACAUCGGAGACGACAACGAGGUCGCCUACAAAGCCAUCAUAGUCAAGUUCAUGGGCCUUAUUCUCCCAUACGUGAUUCUGGCAAGCUUCAUCUGCUCGUUUGUGGCUCUCGUGUACGCAGUGGUGCUUGUUAGUUUAUUGCGGUCAAAGACAAAGUUCAGAAAGAUGCAGACUCGCGUUUCGCUGAUUUUCAAUCUUCUGAACCUUCUGAACCUGGGCUCCUUCAUGUUGAACGCUGGCGAUUUGGCCGUCGAGUAUGCAUAUGUGACAAAGCUGGCAGAAGCCACGGGUAACAGCGAUCUUGCGGUUGUUGGACUUGGUUCUGGAUUCUAUGUUCAAGUUUUAUGUGUGGCCUUACAAUUCAUAAUAUGUUUCGGAUUUGCAACGCUUGUGCUAGCCAAACCUUGGACAAAAUGA